AUGAAAGAUGCUGACAUCGGUGUAGGAUGGAUUGAUGAGACAGGCAGUAUAUAUAUUCAAGAUCGCUAUGCAUUCGCCAAUGGACGUCCUAUGGUUGAUAAUACCACAAUUGAUUGGUUUGCUCUUCAAGGUCGUGAAGUAAGCGGAUGGACAGCUAUUCAAUUCAAACGUUUAUUAGACACUUGUGACAUCAUGGAUGUUCCAAUCAAGUCUGGUACCAAUCAUCUUAUUUUCGCUUAUGGUCUGACCGAUCCAAGUCCGUCAGGACCAACUGGUGAAAUCUCUUACCAUAAAAAUCGACGUGGUUCACGUGCUCUUUCUCUUCAAUCAUAUGCGGAUUCACCAUCCGAAGAUACAUUUGCUGGACUAGACUACUUCGAUUUUCGAUUAAAUAAUUAUGUCGUUCCAUCAGUGGAGACGACUUAUCAUUGUAAAAUAUACAAAGCUCCGAGUAAUUAUUCAAUGAAACGACAUGCCAUUGGUCAUAAGAUAAUUGUUGAUUCAGCCAAUGAAGAUCUUGUGCAUCAUAUACUGAUGUAUGAAUGUCAUCCAACAGCUCAAUUUGAUGAUAAUAACUUGCCUGACGAUUUGUGUGAUGCAAUUCAUCGACAAACAGCACUGUGUGUACAUAAUGUUGCCAUUCUUUGGGAUGUCGGUAGUGAUUACAUGGUUGCACUUCCAGAAGAAGCUGGCUAUCCAGUUGGAGGUGAUUUUCCCAUCAAAUAUUAUAUGGUUAAUAUACACUAUAACAAUCCCAAUCGACUUUCGGAUCGUACGGAUAGUUCAGGUCUUCGCCUUUACAUCGGCAAAGAACUUCGUCAAUAUGACCUUGGUGUUUUGGCUUUGGGCACUAAACCAAGCCCGGCUGCUCUUGCUAUUCCACCGAAAGUUGAACGAUUUAUUGUUGACUCGUACUGUUCGGCGACUGCUACAAUGAAUUUUCCUAAAGAGGGCAUCACAGUUAUUUCUGCUAUUCCACAUAUACAUAUGCCAGGUCGAAGAGUAUGGACAAAAUUGAUUCGAAACAAAACAGCUGUACAAUAUUUAUCCGAUAGAGGAGCGUUUGAAUUUCAUUAUCAAUAUGAAUAUCGUUUACCACAACCCAUCAAAUUAUAUAGGGGUGACGAACUUGCUACAAGAUGUAUCUACAAUACUAUGAACAAGAAUACAAUCACUUUGGGUGGUAAAAGUACCAAAGAUGAAAUGUGUCUUCAUGUAAUGAAAUACUAUCCUCGAAUGAAUAAUAUGUAUGCUUGUUUGAUGAUGAAUAGUCCACAAAUAUGGAAGUCAAUGAUGAACAUUUCUUCGUUAGUUUAUUUACAUCGACAAUUAGUUCUUGUUUUUAUUGACAUGUAUUUAGAUCGUCUUUCGACGAUUCUAAAUUAA